AUGGAGAAUCUAUUCCUGUGCCCAAGUGUGAGUCAGCUAAAGGAGCUGGACCUGACCGGCGUCACACUGAGUAAUUUCAAUCCUGAGCCCCUCCAAGUUCUACUAGAGAACAUUUCAGCCACACUCCACAUCCUGCUUCUAAAGGACUACUGGAUCACAGACUCCCAACUCAGUGUCAUCCUGUCUACUUUGAGCCACUGCCAUCAGCUCAUGACCUUUAACUUCUGUGGAAACCAAAUCUCCAAGGCCAUCCUAGAAAACCUGAUACACCACACCAUUGGGCUGAGGAAGUUAAGCCUAGAGAUAUAUCCUGCCCCUUGGGAAUGUUAUUAUUAUGAUUUUGAAGAUAACUACUGGGAAAGAUUUCUCCAGCUUCAGGUUGGAAAUACUGAGGGACUGCAGGCAGCCCAAGAGGAUCAUGUUCAGUACCAUCCCCUGCUUUCAGUGUGGCCAGAGAGCAUCCUAUGA